AUCCUAAAUGGAAUACUGCCAAGACUUUCUUGCCUUCAAGACUUGAACGUCGGCGAAACUCUGAUAAGUGGAAAGGAGGAUGGGGAAUUGAAGAAACUGGAAACUCUUGAAGGGAGGUUUUGUCAUUGGCACAACUUAAAUAUGUAUCUCCAAGCUUGUCAUGGCCGAGAACAGCCUCUUCGGUACAUAAUCUACGUGGAAGAUGAAGGAUGUCGUAGGUUGUUUGAUGAUGUAAGAAAAAUAAUUGCCGUAAGCCGUUGUAACAUCUGCCUGAUUGUGCUUCCACGUGACAUCGAGAGACUGCAUAUUGAGGAUUGCAAUGUUGAUUGUAGUGAAGAACACCUGUUUUUCUCCAGGUUUAUCCUCUUCUUGCUUGCCUCCUUUUCAUCUCUUAAAUCUCUUCAGAUAUCCGAUUGUAGAAAUAUGAACAAGUUGUUCUCUCCAAAGUGCGUGCCGCUAAAUUUACAAGAGCUUAGUGUUGCAGCGUGUACGCAAUUGGAGGAAAUAAUAGCAUCAGAAACAGGAAUGGUUAUCACCGAAUUUCAUCUCCGACAGUUAUGGUUAUCGAGGUUGAGGGAUCUACUGGAAUUGAAGAGCAUUUGGCGUAUGGAGGGAGUGGUGGUUUGUGGUUCUCUAGGAUGUAUUUCUAUACUAAAUUGUCCGAAAUUUAAAAGAACCAAAGGAUUGGUGUGAAUCAGUGGAAUGGGAUGGUCCCCAACCCAAGUCUCUUUUGGACCCCUUCGUGUUGUAUAGAAGGUAAAAGGAGGAUCAAACGGAGCAGUUGAGUCUGUAACAUUAGGAGUGCUUUUUAUUUCUCUA